UGGCUCUAGAAUUUGCUAGAACCACCACAGCAACAGGAACCUUGCCCGAGCUUCUGAUUGGAUGGCGCAAUUGUUUGUCUGAUCAGCGAUUGGUUGCUGUGUUACAGGUGGUUGUUUUGAUUUGGAACACCCAGUUCCACGUCAGCAGGUUUCACAACAGACACGUCACACCAGUUUAACCAGACCUUUAUGAAAGAGCUGGAAUGGAUCUUGUGAAACAUACAGGCGGCUGCCACUGUGGGGCUGUUAGAUUUCAAGUCUGGUGUUCCCCAGACCUCCAUGUUUUCCAUUGCAACUGUAGCAUUUGCACAAAGAAACAAAACCAUCAUUUCAUUGUUCCAAAAAAUAACUUCACACUCUUGCAGGGGCUGGAUAAUCUGACCACAUACACAUUUAACACUCACGUUGCUAAACACACCUUCUGUAAAAUCUGUGGAGUUCAAAGUUUCUACACUCCACGCUCCAACCCUGAUGGAUAUGGUGUUGCUCCACACUGUCUGGAUCCAGGUACUGUGCGCAGUGUCACAGAGGAGAACUUCUGUGGGGAGAAGUGGGAAGAAAGCAUGCAAGCUCACAAGAGCAUCAGAGACAUGUCUCGACAUGCAUCAGACACAGCUGAGAGCAACAAAACAACAACUCUGUGAUAUAAGAAUCUAUCUUUUUAAUCAGUAGUGCACCAGAAAUAUUUUACAGUAUUGUCAACAAUCUGUGAAGUUAUAAGAUGAAAUAAAGAAGCUCCACAGUCGA